UGUGUUGCAUCACAUUUGACAGCAGUUGUUGACCUAAUCUUUUGACCUGACCCCGUUGCAUAGUUUCAGUAAAGCUUCGAAGCUCGCUUUCUGUUACCGGUAUCCUAGUUAGGUCUAGAGUAGUCUAGACAGUCUAGAUUUACAAACAUAUGUUCAAUUAUUUCUAGAUUUACACCCAGCAUCAGUAGAUAUUGAUAAAGCCAACAUGUGUGGAAUAUGGGCUGUAUUUGGUUCUGAUGACAAUGUGUCAGUUCAGUGUAAUGCUGUACACAAAAUUGCGCAUAGAGGUCCUGAUGCUUUUCGUAUAGAAAACAUCAACCAUCUACAAAACUGUUGCUUAGGAUUUCAUCGAUUGGCUAUUGUUGAUGACAUAAGAGGAAUGCAGCCUAUGCGUUUAUACACCCAUCCCUACAUAUGGCUUAUCUACAAUGGAGAAAUAUACAAUCACAGAUUGCUGGACAAAGAGUUCAACCUAGUUACCAGUACUGACACUGAUGGUGAACCAAUCAUUCAUUUAUAUGAGAUGCUUGGAGCAGAGCAAAUGGCUAAACAACUAGAUGGUGUUUUUGCUUUUUGUAUCCUUGACACCGUCAACAGGAAAGUCAUAUUGGGUAGAGAUACUUAUGGUAUCAGACCAUUGUUCAGAUUUCAAACAGAUCAAGGGUUUUUGGCUGUCUGCUCAGAGGCUAAAGGUCUGUUUGGUCUAACGCACAGUUUAUCUGAUGAUGAAGUCCAUAUUGAGCCAUUUCCUCCUGGCCAUGUUGAAAUUUACAACCUAGACAAAGAUGGUAGAGCUUUUCUAGACAAGAGAAUCAUGUUCAAUCAACCAGGCCAAAGCCCAGCUUAUAAAACAAGAGUUGAUCCAUCAUCAUUAGUACCCGAUGUGAAGACAAAUAUCAAAGUCUUACUUCAAGCAGCUGUAGAAAAACGCCUUAUGGCCGACAGGCGUAUAGGAUGCCUUUUGUCUGGUGGCUUGGACUCUAGCCUUGUAGCAGCUCUUUUGGUUAAACUCACAAAAGAGAAGGGAAUUAAUUAUCCUAUUCAGACAUUUGCAAUAGGUUUAGAAGGAAGCCCAGAUUUAGUAGCUGCAAAAAAGGUGGCUGACUUCCUUGGCACUGAGCACCAUGAAGUUUUGAUGACCCCUGAAGAAGGUUUGGAAGCCAUUGAAAGUGUCAUUUACCACUUGGAGAGCUAUGACAUCACUACAGUCAGGGCAUCUGUUGGCAUGUUUCUGUUAAGCAAGUACAUCAAGGAGAAGACAGACACCACUGUCAUCCUGUCCGGCGAGGGCUCGGACGAACUGGCCCAGGGCUACAUAUACUUCCACCGGGCCCCCUCGGCCACAGAGGGAGACAAGGAGAGCAGGCGGCUCCUGAACGACCUCUACUACUAUGACGUGCUGAGAGGUGAUAGGACCACUGCAGCAUGGGGACUUGAGAUCCGCGUCCCUUUCCUGGACCAUCAAUUCACCAGUUACUACUUGUCUAUUGACCCAGAAUUACGCCAGCCUAAAGAAGGAAUAGAAAAAUAUUUACUUAGAUCAGCUUUCUCUGAUUGUGAUUUACUGCCCAAUGAAAUCUUGUGGAGACCAAAGGAAGCAUUCAGUGACGGUAUUUCCUCAGUCUCAAGGUCUUGGUAUCAAAUUAUACAGGAUCACUGCAAUGAGCAGAUCAACAAGAAUGACUUGGCCCAAGCAGCCACUUUGUACCCACAUAACACCCCUAAGACUUCUGAGGCUCUCUACUAUAGACGCAUUUUUGAGAAGUACUAUGCACACAAGUCAUCCUGGAUACCCUACUUUUGGAUGCCUAAGUGGUCUGGAGACACCACUGACCCUUCAGCCAGGACACUGAAGCAUUACAAGCAAUAAUGGAUCACAGAUAGACUUCAAAGAACAAACACCCUCAACAAUAGUUGAAGUGUUAUGUUUUUAAUUGAUCAAUGACACACUACUUGUUGUUGAAAUACACUUACAUAUAAGGUUGUUGUGCUUUUAGAUUAUACUAAUUUUUUUUUUUCUUUCUGCUCUUAUGGCAGAAUCGAGUCAAAGUCAAUAUUUUUAUUUAUUGCUUGAUUUGCUGAGUUUCAAAUAAAUCUAAUUCAGAUAAUACCUUCUAGCCUGAUAAAGUGAAGAAAUGGCAUUAUUAUACACUGAAGAAAUCUCUUUAAAAGUUUCAACCUUUCUAGCAAUGACUAUAUUUGACAAAAACAUUAAGACAUUGCUUUAAUGUACAAAAAACAUACAAAAAAACAUACCAGAGCCUAUACGGUUUUAUCAUUUUUGGAGCACAAAUAUUUAUUUUUGUUUAUUUUACAACAGUGAUAGUGUUGAAAGAUUUAUUUUUUUAUGUAUAAAAAAAAUUACUUCUUUCUUUCUAUGACUGAGGUUCUUUUUUAACAUUUUUUUUUAAUUCAUACAUUUUGUUUCUUUGUCAACUUUGUAGAAAAUCUCUUUAUUUGAUGUAAACUAAAAAAUGACAAUAUCAGUGAAUCUCUAAAAAAAAACAAACAAAUCUCAAAAUAUUAUAUAUGCUUAACAUUAACAUUUCGCCAUCUCAUUUCGACACUAAGUUUCCCACAUGUAUUUUGAUGUCUGUUGUGUCUGUUAUUACAAAAACUGGGUAUCAAAUAACUAUGUCAAAUGUCAAUGAAAAUGGCCAUAAAAAUAUGUUUUAACAAUAUCAAUGACAAAAUUAUGAUGUACUAGAACACAAUACUUUAAUAUGUAACAUUGAUCAUUUAUUACAAUGUGUCCUUUCAAUUCGCUUUUCAAACUCUUCCUUUUAAACUUCCUGACUUCAAAGUUGGCAUACUAGUGUCUUAAGUAAACUUAUUUUGUGUGCAAUAAGUGUAGAUUAGAAAACAGAUUUUUAGAUUCUUUAGAGAGUCACAUUUGACUGUCUCAUCCUGAAAGAAUUUACUGUUCAAUGUUUGUUAUUCAAUGCAUUGUUUUGUAAAAAUCCUAACACAGUCUUUUAUAAGCUGCUAUUGUGUUAGUGUUGUUUGUCUAAUGCAGAUCAUAAAAAUUGAAAAUUGCAUUUAUCAGACUUGAAAUAGAUAUAAUGGUUUUUAAAAUCAUAACAUUCACAUGUAUGCAUAUGUGAAUGAACUAUUUUUUAAGAAUAAUAUGAACAAGUAAGAUGGUCCCUCAGGCACAGACACGCACCCAUGAUAAAGAGUCUUGACUGAAAACCAAACGUGAAAAUGUUAAGUACUCAGUAAAUGCAAUCGUUGUAUAUGGUCUUCCAAAUGUAUACACUUUUUAAAAUUGAAAAUACACAUACAUCUAAACAGUUUAAAAUAAAAACAAUCUGAAAAGGAAGUUUCCUUUAUACAAAGUCAUAUUGCAGAGGAGAAAAAUCAGAUUUCACCAUCCUUUUAAUCCUUGCAAAGGCUGCAAGGUUACUUAUGGCUUUCUGAACGGUUCCUUGUGCUAAUGACAAAGUAUGUAUAAAUAUUCACAUACAUAGAAACUAUAGAAGCACUUAUUAGCUUUUUGGGAACUUAACACCAUCAUACUACCCUUAGUCUUCUCUACUUUUGUCUAUACAGGUUUGUUUAGUUUCUGUAGCAAGAAACAGGAUCCUUUUGGUCCUAUUUUCAUUUCUUCUGGUUUUUUUUUUUAUUAUCUGCACAUUGAUAUGUAUGCAUAAUAAUGUGCAUUUCCUCCGGCUGUCCCUUCUGAAUCUGUGAUUUUUAAUUCCUUUCAUCACUUUGUUGCUGUUUUUCUGGACAAACUAAGAAAUGAUUUAGAGUUUAGGAUAUAGCCAUACUGUCUUCAUUCUCAACUGUUCAUAUACCUGUAAACCCUUUAAGCCCAUAAUCAUCUGAUCUAAAUUUUCUUCACUAAUUCAACUUGUUAUAGCUAAAUAAUUGACAUCAGUGUGCAAUCUUUUCAUCACAUUAGUUAUUAAGCAGAAAAAAAUUAGAACCCCAAAAAAUUGAAAUAGUGUUUGUUGAUGCUUUUUUGUUCAGUGUAUGCUUAAGAUUUGUUUUUAAAGUUUAAGGUUUGCGGCAUUGUUAUGGGACAGAUGGAGAUGUUUUCUUUGCCUUUUGGGCUUUUUAAUACUGUGUUAUUCUUUUCAAUGUACCAAUACAUAUGUUUUACAAAGUUAAUUCUAACCAGACUAAAAUAGUUAUUAUACAUUCUAACAUUUUUCUUGGUGUUCAGUAACAUUUUAUUAUAUACAAUAUCACAUGAUAAUCUCAUUAUAAUCUUUUUUUUAUGUUUCAACUGAAUCUGUGUGCCUUGCUUUCAUGAUAUUUCAUUUUAUCUUUACUGCCAUGAAAAAGAAACUUCUUUUAUGUUAAUGAAUGUAAUUUUUACAUUCAAAUGCAGCAUUUUUUUUUUUUUUUUUUUGCAUUUAAUUUUAAAGCUCAAAAUUUCUUUCUUCAUAUUUAUCUUAUAAGUUUCAACACAUAACUUUUAAACAUAUUGUCAUAACUGAAAAUAUUUUGAUUCCAUCUUUUGUGCUCUGCUAAAAUGCAAAUAAAGAGAAC